AUGUGGAGGAAAGCCAUAGCAACAACAGCAAGAGGCGUCGGCGCACUCCACUACCCAUGGCGCACGAUAGCACACGGCCACUCAACCGCCGUCUCCCCCUCCGACGCCGUCAACUCCAUCCUUCUCCGCUCCCUCAAAGAGCACUAUCUCGACGUCACGAAAAUGAACCCUCCUCCCAAAAUCAACCCUCCGUCGCCGUUCACCGUCGUUCAGGGCUCGCUCGACGGCAAUGGCCCGGCGCUCAAGCGGACUUUCGGCGACGAAGAGAUCACCAUAUCGGUGAUGCGAUUGGCUAAUAUUGUGCCCGGCGAUGGCGGAGAAGACGACGGCGCUGACGAUGGUGAUGACAUCAACCAGUUGUUCCUGCACGUCGACGUUUCGAAACCCGGGCAGAAGGAGUCUCUGCAUUUUCUUUGUGGGUUAUAUCCGGACGCUUUGGGGAUUCACUCUGUUUCCAUGCGCCCCAAAGCUGAUGCUGCGAGCUCUGUUGAAGACGGUUCCUCCUAUACUGGUCCUGUUUUUGAGUAA